GCGCUUCGGGAGAAAGGGCAGGCGUCGCUGGGCAGGCCACUUCCGCACUUCCGCUUUCCGGCCCAGCCAGCGCCCGCGAUGACUGCCACUCUCCGCCCCUACCUGAGUGCCGUGCGGGCCACGCUGCAGGCUGCCCUCUGCCUGGAGAACUUCUCUUCCCAGGUUGUGGAACGACACAACAAGCCAGAGGUGGAAGUCAGGAGUAGCAAAGAGCUCCUGUUGCAACCCGUGACCAUCAGCAGGAAUGAGAAGGAAAAGGUUCUGAUUGAGGGCUCCAUCAACUCUGUCCGGGUCAGCAUUGCUGUGAAACAGGCUGAUGAGAUCGAGAAGAUCUUAUGCCAUAAAUUCAUGCGCUUCAUGAUGAUGCGAGCAGAGAAUUUCUUUAUCCUUCGAAGGAAACCAGUGGAGGGGUAUGACAUCAGUUUUCUGAUCACCAACUUCCACACAGAGCAGAUGUACAAACACAAGUUGGUAGACUUUGUGAUCCAUUUCAUGGAGGAGAUCGACAAGGAGAUCAGUGAAAUGAAGCUGUCGGUCAAUGCCCGAGCACGCAUUGUGGCUGAGGAGUUCCUCAAGAAUUUUUAAACCAUCUGGCUGGAUCUCCUGGCCUUCCCCCUCUGCCUCCUCCGCAUCUCUGCGAAGGCGUCCUGGAGUUGCUUCCCGGAGCAGCGGCAGCAGCAGUGGGAGUGGGAGUGGGGAGCUGGGUUGGGGUGGGCAUUGGCUGAGGGAGGGGGGUGGUGUGCUUGCUAGCUGGGCAAGAAAGCAGCAGUGGACCUGCCCCAAGGCCACCAGUGCCUGGUCAGGCUGGCUUCUGAUGUUCAGUCCCCUGGGUUGGGACAGGUUUUUUUUUAACGUCUUAAAACUUAAACUCUGUGCUUGUAGGAGACUGUAACCUUCUUCUUUUUUUUUUUUUUUUAAAAAAAAACAAACAACCUUCACCUCCAGUGACUGUGACUGGUCCCAGUGAUUGUACCUUAUUGGCCGCUGUGGGUCUGGGCGGGCCUGGAGCCAGAAGGCGACUACUGUUCCUCCCCAUGCAGCCUCAGGUGGGGAGGGAGGGAUAAGACUCCAGUUUGUCUCCCCUGCCCUCUUAUAUCCAAGCCUUGUUGGGCUGAGUAGAAGCUGUGGGGACCCUCUGCUAGCUUCCUGAGCUCUGCCUGAAGAUGACCACCCAACACUGUUAAGGGACAAGAGCUGAAUCGGUGACUACCAGCUAUGCGUAGGAGCUGGGGCCUGAAAGCCAGGCAACCUCUGACCUCAGGGGCCAUUUCGUGCCCUCCCAACGGAGAGGGGCCACUGUGUCGCCUUGUCUGUCAGUGUAGUGCCUGAGUUGGAGGUGGAGAGGUGAGUCCUCCUCCAGAGCUCCCAGCCAGGCCCUUCUCCCCCUGCUCCAGCUCCUGUGCUCCUGUGCUCGCUGUACCUUUUCUUAUCUGAUGGAUCCUCCCUCCCCUAAUUAAAGUCUCUUCUUGCCCCUUUGGGGCUGCAUGAGGUC